AAACAUUGUAGAGGUAAACGUUUACAUUUUGAAAGUUAAUUGAAGUGUUGAAUUAUGAAAUUGUUAAUAUUUCUGUUUUGUAUUGUUGCAGUGAAUUGUCUCAGUGAUCUUGAACUCUGGACCGAUUUUAAGGUAAAAUUUGAAAAAUCCUACAGCGACCAAAAUGAAGAAAACCAGCGAUUUAAAAUAUUUCAAGACAAAUUACGCCAAAUUGAGGAACACAACGCUCGAUUUAACAAUGGAGAGGAGACCUAUACAAAGGGAGUUAACCAAUUUAGCGACUGGACUCACGAAGAAUACCUUGAAAUGUUAAGUUAUAGUAAAGCAAUCCGUCCAGCUCGUUCUCAACAUGUUACGUAUAGGAGAAUUCAUCGAGAAGCAUUAGCAAAUCUUCCAGAGUUUGUUGAUUGGAGGGAAAAGAAUGUAGUUACAGAAGUUAAAAAUCAAGAAGCUUGUGGAUCUUGUUGGGCUUUUAGUACGACCGGAGGAUUGGAAGGACAGUAUGCUUUGAAAUAUAACAAACUGGUAUCUUUAAGUGAACAAAAUCUUUUAGACUGUUCCGAUGCCUAUGGAAAUGGAAAUUGCAGCGUAGGAGGAGUGAUGAGAUUUGGACUAGAUUACGUUAAGGACAAUGGUAUUAACACAGAGGAAACUUAUCCUUAUGAGGCUGUACAAAAGGAGUGUCGUUAUCAACCUUCUCAAAAUGUAUUACAUAUUAGUGGAUACGAGGUUUUUGAACAAGACGAGCAAGCACUAAAAUAUGCCGUAGCUACUUACGGACCAAUUAGUGUAGCCAUAGAUUUUAGUUUGGCUGGUGGUUACGCUAGCGGCAUCUUUAAUAACCCAGCAUGCCACAACAAGCCAGAAGAAUUAAACCACGGGGUUUUAGUUGUUGGAUAUGGAACAGAAAAUGGCAUCGACUACUGGAUUGUUAAAAAUUCCUGGUCUGCUAACUUUGGAGAAAAAGGGUAUAUAAGAAUGAUUAGAAAUGCGAACAAUCAAUGUGGAAUCGUUGACGAUACUUCUAGGGCUUUAGUGAUAUAAAUUUUGUUAAUUAUUUUAAAUAAUAUUUGUAAUUAAUAAAAUUAUUGCACAGAAAUAAAUAUAAUCUAUUUAUU